AUGGUUUCGACUCUCCUGUCAGCCUGUCUUCUAAUCGGUGCCACCCUGGUAUUAUAUCGUCUAUCCCACCUUUUUAAUUGUCGACGCCUACCCCUUCCUCCUGGACCCAAAGGACUCCCGCUGAUAGGGAACCUCUGGGAUGUGCCCGUAGACUACCCAUGGCUAACUUAUGCUCGAUGGACUGCCACCUACGGCGAUGUCUUAUAUCUGGACACGCCCGGAAAUCCGACCGUUAUAAUCAACUCGGUUCAGGCAGCGACCGAUCUCUUCGAAAAACGUUCUGGGAAUUAUUCUGAUAGGCCGGAUUUCACCAUGCUAAAGCUAGCAGGAUGGGACUAUAACCUUGCUUUUAUGCGAUAUUCUGAUAGGUGGAGAACACACCGCCGAAUGUUUCAUCAAUACUUCCAGCCUCGUGCCGUUCCGGCAUACUACCCUGUGCAAAUGAAAGCCACAUUAGACUUGCUCCAACAGCUGCAUAGAUCCCCCGAUGCGUUUGUUCAGCACGUCCAUCACCUUGCCGGUUCAAUCGUUAUGAAAACUGUCUACGGAUAUGAUGUAGACCCAAGUGGUGAUCACUUCGUGGAAUUGGUGGAUCAGGCUCAGGAAAGCGUUCACGCCGCUGGGAUCAUCGGAGCCUUCCUCGUUGAUUACAUUCCCAGUUUACAAUACCUUCCGCGAUGGAUGCCUGAUGCAAAGUUCUUUAGCCUUGCGUCCGCAUGGAGAAAAGACGUUGAGGAUAUGACAGAAGAGCCGUUUAGAUAUACGAUGGAGUCAUUGGAAAAGGGCAACGCACCCCCUUCAUUCGUGGCGGAAAACUUAACAAAGAACGAAUCGUCAGAAAAUGCAAAGCACCUCGAAAUUGUAAGGAAUACGGCUGCGGUUGCUUAUUCUGCGGGAGCUGACACUACCGUGUCUGUCAUCCUUUCCGUGAUACUCGCUUUCCUUCUGUACCCGGAGGUACAAGCUAAAGCCCAAGCUGAGGUGGAUGCCGUCAUCGGUCAUGGCACCCGUCUACCGAAUUUCGAUGACCGUCCGCAGCUAUCCUAUAUUGAUGCCAUCGUGUUGGAAGCACUGAGAUGGAAACCUGUUGCACCGAUGGGUAUUGCUCAUCGUACCAAGGAAGGGGAUGUUUAUAGAGGAUAUUAUAUCCCUGCGGGCGCCACUGUUAUUGGCAAUGUUUGGGCCAUGCUUCACAAUGAAAAGGACUAUCCUGACCCUCUGGUGUACAAUCCCGACCGGUUCAUGCCCCAAGAUGGUAAAGAAGUCCAACCUGAGCCCACAGUCGUGUUUGGUUUUGGAAGACGUAUCUGUCCUGGCCGUUAUCUUGCAUUAAAUACUGUUUGGAUUGUUGUUGCAUCUAUGGCUUCAACGUUGUCGUUCUCCAAGGCGGUGGAUUCUGAAGGUCGGGUCAUUGAACCGAGUAAUACCUAUACGAGCGCUUUUGUGAGUUUUCCCUUACCUUUCAAAUGCAUGAUCAAGGCGCGUUCGGCUGCGGCGCAGGCGUUGUUAGAUUAG